AUGGGCGGAUUGGGAGGGAUCAUAGCCGAGGGGAGCAGCGGGCUAGAGGUAGCUGUCGUACUCAACACGAGCAACCAAGGACAGGGAGUCCAGGUGUCAGCUUUCUCGUCGUCAGCAGACUGCAGGGGAGUAGGAGACAUUGGCAGCCUCGUAUGUCCCUUGGGGCACUACUGUCCGGAAGGCAUGGAGAACCUUGAGGCCGGACGGUGUCCGCGGGGCACGUACGGAGGGCAGGAGGGGCUUGCAAAUGUGUCGCAGUGCACGAGCUGUCCUGCUGGGAUGUACUGCAACGAUACAGGGCUCACGGCUCCAAGCGGGCCUUGUAAAGCAGGAUGGUACUGUACCGGAGGGUCUGCGGACGAGCGAGCGCUAUCAUGCGAUCCACGGCCCUGGGAGGGCCUCAGGGGUCGGGGACCAUGUCCGCAAGGGCACUACUGUCCAGCCGGGACCUUGCAGCCUAUAAGCUGUCCUCGGGGGACGUUCUCAGGGACUGUUGGAAACAGAAAUGUCAGCGAUUGUGAAGCUUGCCCAGCAGGAUACUUUUGUCCUGAAGAAGCUCUGACGUUUGGAACUAAUUUUACCUGUCCUUACGGAUAUUACUGCGGAGACUCUCUACCCGCUCCAUGCGAGCCCGGGACGUACAACCAGGAAGCGAUGCAGACGAGCUGCAAGCCAUGUCCGCCCGGG